UGUCAGGAAGGGGAUCUGUGGGUCCGUCUGUGAGCGAGAAGCGAACCAGGGACUUGUUUGCGGACUUUUACGGCUAUUAAACCUGAAAAUACAUUGCGUCUAUAUUAUUCUGGAUGAAAAAAAUUGCUUUACACCUUAUCGGUUCACAAAAUAACACGACAGAUCUCUGCAAAUAGCACCAGACUGUCUAAUGCAAGAUCCGAAAGGGAAGUAAGUUGCCAGCAGCUGUCUGGCUCAUCUAGCUAGUGUCUGAAUGCCAACUCUGAGGGCUAUGGAGUUGAGUCGGCAACUGUGUGGGAAGAUGAGGAGGUCCAGACGAUCGCAGGCAUAUUCUCCCCCCAGCACCCCGCCCGGUCUGCACAUCCACCUGUACAUCCCUGACACACAGCCCCUCCACUACAAAAGCAACUGCUACACCGCAGAGGAGCUCUGUGUCGAAGCCGCCAAGAAGUGCUCGAUCUCUCCUUUAUGCUUCAACCUGUUUUCCCUGUACAAUGAAGAGAGUCGUCUGUGGUACCCUCCCAACCAUGAGUUCAAGAUCACAGAUGACACCAGUCUCAAGUUGCAUUAUCGCAUGAGGUUUUACUUUAAGAACUGGCAUGGCACUACAGAGGGGGAGUCUCCUGUGUGGAGGCACUGCAUCAGUAAACUCAGAGGAGGCCUGAGCCCUCAGAAAAAUCCAGAAGGAACUCCUCUGCUGGAUGGUGCCUCUCUGGAGUACCUGUUUGCCCAGGGCCUUCAUGACUUCCACACAGGCCUGAUCCCUCUGAGACAGUCUCACUCAGAUUCAGAGCAACAUGAGAUAGAGAAUGAGUGUUUGGGCAUGGCUGUUCUGGCCAUUACUCAUCAUUCACUCACUAAAGAGAUCCCGCUCACCACUGUUUCUCAAGAAAUGAGUUACAAGCGCUUCAUUCCUGAGUCCCUGAACCGUAACAUAAAACAGCGGAAUAUUUUGACCCGAAUCCGAAUCAACAACGUGUUUAAGAAGUUCCUGAGCGAGUUUAAUCAGCGCACGGUGAGAGACAGUCACAUUGCGCCCUACGACCUCAAGAUCAAGUUCCUGGCCACUCUGGAGGGUUUGACCACGGGGCUGGGCACGGAGCUGCUGGAGCCGAAGUCUGUUUGCAUAAAGCACGAGGGAGAGCUGUGCAAUGGAGAGUCUCAUGGGUACUACAAUCAGAAGUACAACCAAACACCAAAUCAGACCUUAGAACCAAGCAAUGACAUCCAGGUUUUGGUCACUGGUACCACUGGGAUUUCCUGGAGAAAAAAGCCUGCAUCAACCAGCACUGUGUCCAAGGAAAAGGGGAAGUCAAGGAAGAACAAGCAUGAUGGAAGGCAGAAAAAUGACCCAAAGAGAGAGGAUGCGGGCUGGGAGGUGUUCUGUGAUUUCUAUGAGAUCACACACACUGUCAUCAAGGAGUCAACGGUCACCAUCAAGAGACAGGACAACAAGAAAAUGGAGUUAGAAAUGGUGUCCCGGGCAGAGGCUCAGGCAUUCGCUGCUCUGGUGGACGGAUACUUCAGACUCACAGUGGACGCUCAUCACUACCUGUGCAAAGAGGUGGCUCCUGCUUCAGUGGUCCAUGACAUUGAGAACGGCUGCCACGGACCCAUCUGUACGGAAUAUGCCAUCCACAAACUCCGUCAAGAGGGCAACGAAGAGGGCACCUACGUCCUGCGCUGGAGCUGUACUGACUAUCAUUACAUCAUCAUUACAGUCGUGUGCCUUGAGUCCAAGGAGGACCAUCUCAUGUGCCAAUAUAAAAACUUCCAGAUUGAGCAGCUGUCCCCUAGUGGUUUCCGUCUGUAUGGCACCAGCACAGAGUGCCCCACCCUCAAGGAGCUGCUGGAGCAUCUGGAAGGGCAAAGUCUAAGAACAGACAAUGUGCAUUUCCGCCUGACCCGCUGCUGCCCCCCACAGCCAAGAGAGGUCUCUAAUCUUCUGGUGAUCACCAAAGACCGGGUGCAACAGAACCCACACCCUCCGGAGAGCCAGCUCAGCUUCCACCGCAUCCUGAAAGACGAGCUAGAGCAGGGUGACCACUUGGGCCAAGGAACCAAAACCAACAUCUACUCUGGCACUCUGAAGGUGAAGAGUGAUGACGAUGGAGAGGGAGGGUACUUCUCACCACAGGAGAUGAAGGUGGUCCUAAAGGUGCUGGGAGCUGGACACAGGGACAUCUCUUUGGCUUUCUUCGAAACAGCCAGUAUGAUGCGACAAGUCUCACAUAAACACAUUGUGCUCCUCUACGGCGUCUGUGUCCGCAACCAGGAGAAUAUCAUGGUGGAGGAGUUCGUGCAACAUGGCCCAUUGGAUCUGUUCAUGAAUAAUAACUCUCCUCUCAGCACAUCCUGGAAGUUUCAGGUGGCCAAACAGCUUGCCUCUGCUCUCAGCUACCUGGAGGACAAGAGGCUCGUCCAUGGCUUUGUUUGUGCCAAAAACAUCCUGCUGGCCAGAGAGGGGCUGGCUAAAGACGAAGAGGGACCCUUCAUUAAACUGAGUGACCCAGGCAUACCCAUAACAGUGCUGUCCAGAGAGGAGUGUGUGCAUCGUAUUCCCUGGAUCGCUCCCGAGUGUGUGAAGAACUCGUCCUCUCUGAGUGUGGCUGCAGAUAAGUGGGGCUUUGGGACCACUCUAUGGGAGAUCUGCUACGACGGAGAAGUGCCACUCAAAGACAAAAGACUCACCGAGAAGGAGAGGUUCUAUGAGACCGAGUGCCAGCUGGCCACACCAGACUACCAGGAGCUGGCCAAACUCAUGACCCACUGCAUGAACUACGACCCCAAGAAGAGGCCUUUCUUCAGGGCCAUCGUGAGGGACCUGGACAUGCUGGAGGAGAAUAACCCCGGCUUCAAACCCCUCAAGACAAACAGUGUCGAUCCAACCAUAUUUGAAAAGCGAUUCCUGAAAAAGAUUCGAGAACUGGGAGAGGGUCACUUUGGAAAGGUGGAGCUGUGCCGGUAUGAUCCACGUGGAGACAAAACUGGAGAACUGGUGGCUGUGAAGUCUCUGAAACCUGAAAACCGCGAGGAGCAGGGCAACAAUCUGUCCACAGAGAUAGACAUCCUCAAGGCUCUGUACCAUGACAACAUAGUGAAAUACAAAGGCAUCUGUUUGGACGAGAGUGGCCAGGCAAUCAAACUGAUCAUGGAGUAUUUACCACUGGGAAGUUUGAAGGAGCACCUGCCCAAAUCCAGAAGAACGACAAGCCUUGGCACGCUGCUCAGCUACGCCACGCAGAUAUGCAUGGGAAUGGAUUAUCUGGGGUCUAAGAAUUACAUCCAUAGAGAUUUAGCAGCUCGUAAUGUGCUCCUGGAGAACGACGAGACGGUGAAGAUCGGAGACUUCGGCCUCACCAAAAGCAUCAAAGAAAACGACGGAUAUUACAUCGUGAAAGACGAGAACGAAAGCCCUGUUUUCUGGUAUGCUCCAGAGUGCCUGACCCACUGUAAAUUCUACCGCUCCUCAGACGUCUGGUCUUUUGGAGUGACCAUGUACGAGCUGAUCACCUACUGCGACUCCUCCAAGAGCCCCAUGAAUCUGUUCCUCAGUAUGAUUGGUCCCACUCAAGGCCAGAUGACGGUGGUGCGGUUAGUGAACGCGCUCAAAGAGGGAAAGAGGCUGCCACGCCCAGAAAACUGCCCCGAGCCAGUUUACGAGCUGAUGCGCAGAUGUUGGGAACAAGCCCCGGAGAAAAGAAUCACCUUCAAAUCCCUGAUCCAGGAGCUGACCACCAUGCAGAGGCAGCUCCCCGGGCACCGUGACCUUUGCCCCUAAACAAGUCAAAACCUGCAUCGCCGCUCGCUCUCUGAGACUGAACUUUGGACCUAAAUAAAAAAAAAAAAAAAAAAACCUGCCUCCAUCCCAGACUGAUACGUAGAAGGAUCUCCGUACCCUUUGCAUGUUUCCACAAAAGACUUGACUCCUCAUUUACUUUAAUUACGUUGGAGUUAUUUUUUUAAUCGAGAUUUUAAAACGUUAUUGCAUUUAGCUGGUAUCGGCCAAUAGUUAGUUCACUUCCCCGUAGCUUAUGCCUGGCCUAAAUGUGACGAUGUUAUAUAUUCUGUAUAUUUAGCUGCCAUGGAAACGGUGCAAAAUGCCAUUAAGUAAAAGGUGAUUGUUGUCGUGACGAUGGGAGCGUCAGAUUUUAAGUGGGUGGAAUUACUUUACAGAUGAAAUGUGGAGAAAUAGUUUAGGAGUUUUAAGUGUAGCAAACAAACCAGAAAGUAUAUACAUAGAGAAAAACAUAUAGCAAAACCAGCUUGAACCAGUAGAGGAAAGCUAAAAUAACGCAAAUCCAAAAUUAUUUCCAGGGUCGACACAAUAUUUACUUAAAGCCGCACUAACUUUUCUGAAAUGGGUGCGCCACUUGCUUGUCUCUCUGUGAAGAUGUUAUUGCUUUGUCUGGAAUGCUCCACCAUAAUUAAUCUUGCAUUUAUUUACUACAACUCUAUUCAUUGUUCAUAAAUAAAUUGAAUAACAAGUAUUUCUUACACCUCUCCGCAGAUCUGACCUGAUUAAUGCCAGGCAGUGGUACAUUCAAGGCAAAGUCAUAACUUCAUGGAGAAAAGCAAAUGGCAGAGUCUCCAUCAGAAAAGUUAAGCAGUACACUUCUAAAUGUAGGAAUAGUGUUGGAUUAGUUAUGAAGUUUUUUUUAAUUUCACUUCACUUUCAGAUGUUCUGGUGUAAACUUAAAAACGAAGAGUGCUUUUUGAAAUAAUGCAAUGUUUGGAAAAGCUGUAAUCACUAACUUUGGUUCUUUUCAAAGACUUAAAGGGCCCGCGUUAGAUUAUUUUCUGAUCUAUGUUAUAAUGUUUCCUGGAGUUGUGAUUUUUUUUUUUUCCUUCACGUGCUGAAUACACAAACCUGCAUAUUUAGAAUGAUUAUCAACAAUCAUUUCAGCUUUGGAAUUGCCUCUACUGAACUAAAGGUUAAACGUAGCUGUUAACUGCAAAACUAACGCUUCAUGACAUCACAAGGUGGAACAGAGCAUUUGGAGCUUUGAAGAUAUAGACAGAGUAUAGGGAUGUAAGAAUAAGCAAAAUAUCGUGAUAUCGUAUCGUCAAAGUUCUCACAAUAAUAUCCUGGACCAUCACAAUAUAUCGAAUUACAAGUCUCUGCUUAAAUUAAAAGUUAUGGUGAGAACUACAUAGACCAUGAUCCUUUGCUCCAUUUUAGUGUAGACUAGAUGAAGAAAUAACAGUUCUAAACACUUUUAAGUCUUUGGAUUAAGUCUCAUCCAGGCAUUUUAAGAGGAAAAAGUAUCAUAUUAAUAGUUUUAGCUGUUUAGCCUCCACAGAGUAUCACAAUAAAUAUUGUACCGUGAGAUGUAUAUCGUGAAAAUAUCGUACGAAAGAUUUGGAUAUUGUUAUAUCCUUAAUCGUGAACUUUGACACAAUAUCGGAAUAAAUAUCGUACCGUGAGGUUCAUACCGUGACGAUAUUGUAUCGUGAGACUUGGAUAUUAUUACAUAAAGAAUUGCUCAAAUAUGUGAAUGAAAAACGCAACUCUGGGUACGUUUUUGAUAUAAUAACAACAUUAUAACAUGGCUUAAAGCUCACAAGAGUCGAUUUCGCAUAAUACGGGACAUUUAAAUACAUUUAGGAGAUUAGACAUUACCCAUGUAACAUGUCUUGACUGCUCGCUACAGGCCUUGGUCACUUCACUUUGUGUUAUAUUUGAAAAGAACCAAAUUAGUGAAUAUAUAAGAGAAAAUGAUCGUUUUUGGACUAAAAGUUGUCAUGUUUACUCGUCUAUUCUGUUAUUGAACAUGGAGCACUGGUUUUAAAGGACAAUACUUGUAGCAGUCACUUGGGGGCAGCAGAACUUCACUUUUCUGCCACUAUUCUUGGCGCCACGCUUCAUUAUAAGGCCUCAAACGCUGUACAAACUGUCCAUUCUCGACGAUACAUAUAUUGACUCUUGCAACUUCACAAGCCAUUUGCCAUCGACGGAGCAUGUGAAAGGACAAUGUUUUUGCAAUGUGUUUGGACAAAUUAUAACAAAUGGCAUUUCAUGUUAAUUACGUUUAAAAAAAAAACAUUUUAAUCAUUUUAUUUUUAAUAUGUUAUUGCAUUUUAUUCACAAUACUCACCUGGUUUAUAACAUUGUAUUCUGCUGUUGUAACGUGAUUUGAGCAGAGGGUUUUCCAGAUAAGAUUGAUUUUAAAGGGCCCAUAUUACGCUGUUUUCUGAGCUGUUAUUAUGUGGUUUCCUCAUCACAAACAGACCUGGAGCUGUGUUUUGUUUCAUUCACACGUUUAACUCUGCAUAUUUAGGCUGAGUUCUUCUCUCACACAGAAAACUCUCUUCUGACUUGUGAUGUCAUCUAAUACAAAACAUGCGCCACUGUCUUUUUAAAGUACAUUUUUUAAAGUACAUACAGCUUCACUAGAAUCAUUUGGAGAAUUUCAGUCCUGGAAUUGCCAAUCUUUACUUAACAAAAGGUAACACGCAGCUGUAACUACAACUUCAUGACAUCACAAGGUGGAACAGUGUGUUUUGAGCUUUGGCGAUGUAGACUGACACGCGUGAACGAAACAAAACACAACUCCAGGUCUGUUUUUGAUGAGGUAACAGCAUUUUAACACGACUAAACGCUCACAAGAGUCAGUUUUGCGUAAUAUGGGACCUUUAGUAUCUGAACUGUUAUUGAAUUGCAUUUACUGUGAAUGUUGUUUAAAAAAAAUAGCCAAGAAACAAGUUGCGUCAGUCCACGUUUUAUUAAGGAAUGUAAAAGACAAUUCCUUCUGCUCAAAAUAAGCCAAAAGAAAUCUAUUUUUCAAAAAGUAAGAGAAAGUAUCCAUAAAUACACGUUGGAAAAAUAAAUAAAAUCACUGUCCGCUGUGUUA